CGCCCGUGCGCGGCCAUGGAGCCGCCGCGGCCGCGUUACUGCGCCCCGUCCUCGCCGCCGGGUCGCGGCGGGCGGGAGAACAAGGGGCUCCGUCGGAAGGGCCCGCCGGGGACCGGGAGCGCCGGGGGCCCCGAGGAGGCGGCGGACAGCAGGAAGCCCAAAUUCCACUUAAAUAUCAAGACACUGACAGAUGAUGUGUUGGAUAGAUUUGCCAGUAUAAGAAUUCCAAGAAGUAAAAAAGAAAGACCUCCUCUGCCAUAUAUGAAGCAGUCAUAUUCUGCGGACUGGUCAUCCACACCUAUGGACCUGGAAGGUUUUGCUACAAAACCACUGUCAGAAAGAGAAAUCAUAGCACUGUUUGAAAAAAUGAUGGAGGAUAUGAAUUUAAAUGAAGACAAGAAGAUGCCAUUGAGAGAAAAGGAUUUUGAUACCAAAAAAGAAAUGGUGAUGCAGUAUAUCAGCACUGCUUCCAAGUCUGGAAGUCUCAAGAACAGUAGGAAGAUUUCUCCUCAAGAAUUUAUUCAGGAUUUAAAAUCUGGGUCAAUGGAUGAAAGACUAGUCACUUGCUUAGAAUCUCUCCGUGUGUCCUUGACUAGUAAUCCUGUCAGCUGGGUUGUAAACUUUGGCCGAGAAGGUCUGGGACUGCUGUUGGAUGUUUUGGAACGAUUGGUUGAGACAAAAAAUCAGGACAGACUUGUGAAAAGAAGUCAGCAUAAAGUUAUACAGUGUUUGAGAGCCUUCAUGAAUAAUAAGUAUGGGUUGGAAAGAAUUUUGGGAGAAGAGAGGAGCCUUUUGUUGCUGGCCAAAGCAAUCGAUCCCAAGCAAACUAACAUGAUGACGGAUAUAGUUAAACUCUUAUCUGCAAUGUGCAUUGUAGGAGAAGAAAACAUCCUUGAAAAAAUAUUGGAAGCUGUAACAGCAGCAGCAGAGGAGAGGAAUGUUGAUAGAUUCUCCCCUAUUGUAGAAGGUCUUCAGGAUAACUCAGUUCAGCUGCAAGUAGCUUGCAUGCAGCUCAUCAAUGCUCUCGUUACAUCUCCUGAUGAUUUGGAUUUUAGGCUUCACAUCAGAAAUGAAUUUAUGCGCAGUGGAUUGAAAGAGAUAUUGCCACAACUACAAUAUAUAAAGAAUGAAGCGCUAGAUAUUCAGCUGAAAGUGUUCAAUGAGCAUAAAGAAGAAGACAUGAUUGAAUUCUCUCAUCGUUUAGAAGAUAUUAGAUCUGAACUAGAUGAAGUAAAUGAUGUUUACAACAUGGUGUGGAAUACAGUUAAGGACACUAGUGCUGAAGGAUAUUUCCUUUCUAUUCUCCAACAUCUUUUGCUGAUAAGAAAUGAUUAUUUUAUCCGUCCACAGUAUUUCAAAUUAAUUGAAGAGUGUGUGUCACAGAUAGUGUUACAUCGAAGUGGAACAGACCCAGAUUUCACGUAUCGUAAGAGACUAGAUAUCAAUUUCAGCCACUUACUAGAUGUUUGUGUAGAUAAAGCAAGAUUAGAAGAAUGUGAAGAGAGGGCUUCGGAACUUUCCAGAAAAUUUGAAAAAGAUUUUGUAGUUCAUCAGGAGACCCAGGCCCUGCUUCAAAAAAAAGAGGAAAGAAUCAAUGAACUUGAAACAGAAUUACAAGCUUUUAAAUCACAGUAUGGCUCUUUGCCGCCUGGUCUUCUGCCAUCAACUCAUGGAGAUGCAUCUGUUCCACGGGAAGGUGCAGGACCACAUCAGUUUCCACCCCCUCCUCCUCCACCUCUGCCUUCUAAUGGAGCAAUUCCACCGCCACCACCUCCCCCUCCUCCUCCACCCCUUCUGAAUAGCUUGGGAGCUCCUCUGCAUUUUGGUGGUGCUCCUCCACCACCACCUCUGCCAGGCCUGCCUGGAAUACAGUGGUCCCCGCCUUCAUGUGCUUUGCCAUUUGGAAUGAAGCCUAAAAAAGAAUUCAAACCUGAGGUUACCAUGAAAAGACUCAACUGGUCUAAGAUCAGGCCUCAGGAGAUGACAGAAUCCUGUUUUUGGGUUAAGGCAGAAGAAGACAAGUAUGAGAAUGCUGACAUGCUUUGCAAAUUGGAACUUACAUUUUGUUGUCAAAAAAGGGUAAAAAGAGAGGAGGAGGAUUUUGAAGAAAAGAAAUCUAUCAAGAAACGCAUCAAAGAGUUGAAAGUUUUGGAUCCUAAGAUUGCACAGAAUCUGUCAAUUUUCCUUGGAUCUUUCCGAGUGCCUUAUGAAGAGAUCAAAAUUAUGAUAUUGGAAGUAGAUGAAACACAGCUCUCAGAGUCCAUGAUUCAGAAUUUAAUAAAACACCUCCCUGAACAAGAGCAACUGAAUGCAUUGUCCAAGUUCAAGAAUGAGUAUAACAAUUUGUCUGAGCCAGAGCAGUUUGGUGUUGUGAUGAGCAACGUGAAGAGACUACGGCCACGGCUCAGUGCUAUUCUUUUUAAGCUUCAGUUUGAGGAGCAGGUGAACAACAUCAAACCUGACAUCAUGGCUGUCAGUGCUGCCUGUGAAGAGAUAAAGAAGAGUAAAAGCUUUAGCAAGCUACUGGAACUAGUAUUGUUAAUGGGAAACUACAUGAAUGCAGGUUCUCGGAAUGCACAGACCUUUGGAUAUAAUCUCAGCUCGCUAUGUAAACUGAAGGACACAAAGUCAGCAGACCAGAAAACAACAUUGCUUCAUUUUCUUGCAGAAGUGUGUGAAGAAAGCUAUCAGGAUGUCCUGAAUUUUGUUGAGGAUUUUCAACAUUUGGAUAAAGCUAGUAAAGUCUCAGCAGAAAACCUGGAGAAGAGCCUCAAGCAUAUGGAGAGGCAACUUCAACAGCUUGAGAAGGAUUUGCAGACUUUUCCAGUUCCUGAAGAUAAGCAUGAUAAGUUUGUAGCAAAAAUGUCAAGCUUCUUAGUUCAUGCCAAAGAAGAUUUUCAGAAACUUUCACGGAUGCAUGAGAACAUGGAGAAACUCUAUCAAAAUGUGAUGGGUUAUUAUGCCAUUGACCUGAAGAAAGUUUCAGUGGAGGAGUUUUUAACGGACUUAAACAACUUCAGGAUGAUGUUCAUGCAAGCAGUAAAAGAAAAUAUGAGGAGAAGGGAAGCAGAAGAAAAACAGAGACGUGCUAAAAUAGCUAAGGAGAAGGCAGAAAAAGAAAAACUAGAGAGACAACAAAAGAAAAAACGCUUGUUAGAAAUGAAAACAGAAGGUGAGGAGACUGGAGUGAUGGAUAGCCUGUUGGAGGCCUUGCAGUCAGGUGCGGCUUUUCGAGACCGAAGGAAAAGGACACCAAGGUCCAAAGACACACCACAAAAUCUCAGUCCAACCACCCAGCGGCCUGUGCUGAAAGCUUGUAACCAUGAGAACCAGAAAGGACAGCCAGAGAAGCCGUGUUCACACCACAGUAUCACUUUAAACUCGACAAGAAGCCCAGUCACCAAAGAAGUUAUAUAUGAUGUGGAAACAAGUUCUAAGGUGUUGAACAGGGCUGUUGGGAGAAAGGAAGCCUGCCAUGGGGAAGGUGGCAAAGAAAAGAAAAUGGAUCGUAUCGGGUCCCCUCCUAAGGGAGAAGCCAUUCCAGAAGUAGAAGCUCUCUUGGCAAGACUGCGAGCACUAUAGAAUAAUCAUAUAACAGAUUAAAUAAAAGUUAAAAACAGUAGCCUACACUACAUCUUUAAAGAAAAAAUAAUUUUCUAUUUUUGACACUACAUAUUUCUGACUUCCUAACUUUUCUGUGGAUGAAGGAUCUGCUUCUAAACUUUGUUUGCAAGACUGUACAAAACCAUACUAUAGUUUUGGAUAGCUUCAAGAUUAUUUUUUAUUAUAUGUUUUUACUUAAUAAGCAUAUGAAAAGUAUCAGAAGAAGAUAAAUACUAAAUUGUUCCAAAGCACAAUCCUUUCACUGGACAGGCUGCUAACCAUCUGGUUUGAGUGCUUCUGAAAACAGGAACAUCUUUUAAGUAUUGUUAAAUCAUCAUGCCUGAGAAUAGGGUCAAUAAGUAACAAAAAAGGUAUUCUUAUAUUUUCUAUUGUAAUUUUUAUAUUUAGGAGGCUAAAGCACCAAAAAUGCAUCAUUAUAGUGUCCUUUACAAUUACAGUAAUAUACAGUAACAGCCAUUUUCCAGUUUGAGAUCAUCAAAGAGCACCAAAGCUUGAUGAAUUGUAGAUGUAUUUACCAAAAGGUAAUCCAUGGGCAGUAAACAAAAAAUCUAUGCAAAUAAUAUACUUUAUGUGUAAUUAAUAUAUCGCUGCUUUUAAGGUUAUUAUGUUUAUUAUAUCAAAAUAAUAUAUACAAUUGCUUUGAUUGCAAGGUUUUGCAAUUGUGUCCUUAGUGGGGGAAAAUGUCUUCACAGUUAUUUACCAGUGUAAUAUUUUAUCUUUUCACACACGAAUUAAUAUGUUUCUAUAAAAGGAACAUGUAAUGGAGAAGAUUUUUUCAAUUGGUUUUUCACAAACUCAUUUUCCAGUAGCCCAUAAAGUCUUACUUGCUGGCAUAACAGGAGUCUUGCAAGUGAUUGCAUCUCUUUUAUCCCACUGUCACUGUGCCGGGUUGCGUGUUCACUAUCGUAUUUAUUAAUUGCACAUCAGAAAGAGUUGCUACCAAUGUUACCAAGUAGGGAGCUAUUGUUAGUCUCUUUGCUCUGUUAUUUAAAGCUUCCUUAAUAUAAGAGUGUAUUAAGAACCUAAUAUCUUUCUUCUAAAUGACUUUAUUUUUCUCUACAAAAUGCUGAAAAAUAUGUCUUUCAAUAAGAGUCAGUUACAUGAAACUCGUGUUUCAAUGCUCCAGUGCUUUUUAUAUCCUUGUUAAAGUUGCCUUUGUACUUCCUGCACUAAACAUUAAUAAAGUUAAUUAGAACUCAAAAA